CCGCUCACCCCCGCGCUGUCCCGGUGCCCGCUCGGCCGGGCCCGCGGGGCCGCUGGCGCUCAUUGGCCCGGGCGCGGCGGAAGCGGCGCCGCAGCCGCGGGAUGAGCCCGCCCUGGCGCGGCCUGCCCGGCUGAGGGAGUGUCAUGUAAAAGCAACAUUUUCACGUGAAAACAAAAAAUGGCUUCAAGAGGAACAACAGAGACCAGUAAACUAAAACAAAACUUGGAGGAGCAGUUGGACAGAUUAAUGCAGCAACUUCAAGAUCUGGAAGAAUGCAGAGAGGAGCUGGAUGCAGAUGAGUAUGAAGAGACCAAAAAAGAAACUCUAGAGCAGCUGAGUGAGUUCAAUGACUCCCUGAAGAAGAUCAUGUCUGGAGAUAUGACUUUGGUGGAUGAGCUCAGUGGCAUGCAACUGGCAAUACAAGCAGCCAUCAGCCAAGCAUUUAAAACUCCAGAAGUGAUUAGAAUGUUUGCAAAGAAGCAGCCGAGGCAAUUGAGGACAAGGCUGGCAGAGAUGGACAGAGACUUAAUGGUUGGGAAGUUGCCACGAGACCUGUACACCCAACAGAAACUGGAAAUCCUGACUGCCCUCAGAAAGCUUGGUGAGAAGCUCACUGGUGAUGAUGAGAUGUUCUUGUCAACAAACGCUGGUACAGCCCUGAGCCAAUUUGAGAGAGUCUCCACUGACCUUGGAUCAGGAGACAAAGUCUUUGCUCUUGCAAGUGUUGAAGUAGAAAAGGCAAAACAAUGAAGAGGUUCGUGAGGCUUGUGUCUGCAGUUAUCAGCAGCACUGGAUUUUGGUCAUACUGCGUUUGGUUUUUCUAUUUCUUACAUGUUGGAAAAAAAAGCAAAGCAAAACAAAAAACCCAAGCCCUCAAUCUCUUGGGUCCUUAAGCAGAAGAUACGAAGCAAACAGCCUUAAGUGCACUUUGGGACCUUGGUGUCUGUACCCUUUAAGUAAUACAAGCUCUGAGGCUGAACACUAAGUGGAACUCUAAAACUAAAGCAUGGUAUGACUGUCUUUUGAAAGAGUCAGUUGUCUUGAACUUUUCUGAAUGUGUAUUUCUCUAACUAUUAAAACUUAAUCUUUUUGCAUGUGGUUGUAGCAAGCAGAUCUCUUUAAGAAGUGGUCCUGAUGAUUUUUUUUUGGGUGAUUCUUAACAUUGUCUUAAUUUUUGUCUGGACUCCCCACUAAGCAGUUUGUGCUAGGAAAGCAUUGAAGCUUUGGAAAAUGGAUGUAGCUUAUUGAAAUGCCAUCUUUCUACAAACUGUUUGCAGAAGGCCCAGAACGAGCCUGGAUGCUGAUCACUGGCCCUUGGCUGCUUGCUUGCCGUGCACAUGAAUGAGCACUUUGUGUCCCUGCCCUGGCUGAGGACAAUGGCAGCCCUGUGGGGAGGCUUCUGGAGUCGGUUAACCUUGUGUAUUGAUAGGACACUGCAAUGGGAUGCUCUUCCUUCAGCUCUGCUGUACAACUGCACGCUGCUGUUGUUUCAGAGGGGGCAUGAAAUAGCUUGCAAGUAGAAACAAGUUUAAAAAGGGGGGGAAAGCUCCCGUUAUGUGAUCAGUGCAAGCGUUGUUCAGUCUCAGUGCUGUGGAGAGGGGAGGGUCUGUGUCUCCACUGGAUCCUGAAUAAACUUGGCUUAGGAGGAUUUGAAAUCUCACAUUGAAUUUUUAGCUCAGACAGUAAGUGGGUAGCAUUGACUAUAAACAGAAAAUUGACGUGGUCAGGUGUCAUUUAGAGUGCACUUGCAGGGCAUAAAUACCCUAUGAAUUAGCAAGUUUGUCUAAUUGUAAACUGGGACUGGAGUAGACUAGAAAAUGUGUUUCUAGACUGUAUUUUGCUUUAACAGAUAUACUUUUGACAUCUAGCAUUUAAGAAAUGAAAGGAUACAUGAUAUAGUGAGCAUAAUUUGUUUUUCACUGAUAGCACUUCUUUCUCCCUGUUAUUAGAAAGCCUUUAUUGAGGAGGGGUCUUUUGUCCAUUCCAGCAGAACUGUUUUCUGUCUGGGACAGCAUUGUGUUCUCUGACAAAGGCUGAUUGCAGCUUCACAGCUGAGAGCAGCUUAUUAAAAGGCGUUAUUAGACUCUGAAAUUAUGGGAAGCAAAACAGUCUGUGGGGACUGGAGCUGCCUUCUUUGCCUUUCUGCUCAUUACUGGUGCUAAGGAACUCUCUCCCCAUACACCCCCAGCCUCUUGCAGCAUUAUUAUGUAAAUUAAAUCAGCACUCACAAAAAGUUUACAGUACAAUGACAUGGAAAUCUUUUUCCUUGUAGUUUGAGAGGUGUAAGUUUCCAGGAGAAACUUUUUUAAAAUUGCCUUGUAAAUAUUUCAGGAUUUUUGCAAAUUCCUGUACUGCGGGCAGUUGUAACAUUCCAAUUAAAUUGAUCCUUGACUGAGCAUCUUUCCAACACCGUGCUGCUUCUGCUCUUGGAAGGAUCUCUGGUGGUCUAGACGGACAAAGAUGAGACUGAGAUCAGUACCAGUAUUGCAAGAUUCUGUGUGUUGGGUCAGACUUUCUUCUCAGAAGCUGUGAAGGGUCAGAAAUCAGAGCUCUGCCCAGAGACUGGCUGUGUCCUGCAGAAUGCCCUGACCAUCAAUGUGAUCUAACAAGGAAGCUGCUGCUGAUGUGAAGCUUUUCAUGUGUUGGCCCUCACAGAUAGUUAAGUAACCUCUUGAAAUAGUUAGAUUGAUUUCAAGCAUAGUAAGUUAAUUGGUGUGUUGUGCUAAAUAAUCCUGGGAUGUACCUCCACCACCAUCUCAAAUGUUUCUGCUGAAAAAAAAAAAGUCCAUAAUCUAUUUAUUACAAUAAUGAUUUCCUCAAAUAAAAACUGAUAACAAAAGAACAACUGCUAAAUGAAAGCAUGGGUUUGUGUUUAACAAACAAGCUUGUGAUGUGUGAGUUCCACCCCCAGUUCAGAGUUGGACCUGGGCAGAUCACUCAUUCUGUACACAUCUUUCUUUUCUGGAGUAAAAUACAGAUUAUGAUCCUUAAA